CCUCCCAGAAUGCACUGCUCCGCGGCCUCCGUGUGUUUGUCUAUGUUGUUCUGCUGGCGUUUCUGACGCGUUUGAGUUUCUGAAUCCCGAAACUUCGUCUUUUAUAUUCCGCUGCUCCGGUUUGUAACCCGCCGCGCCGUGUUCGCCGCCCUGUGCUCCGUCUCCGAUGCGCUCAGCGGCCGCGCCGACAGAAUAAGCGGGACUCUCCGAGCUGAUGGCAGCCAGCGGCCCAGAUGACGAGUUUGAGUACGAUAAGCCGGGAGCGGAGAGGUCGAGGAGACGAAGAGGAGAUGACGACGAUGACCUGGACAGCGAUUUGGAAGGUGACUUGCUUGAGGAGGACUGGCUUUCAUCUAAGAAGAAUCCCUCAGAACUGUCAGAUGAAGAGCUGAAUGAUGAUCUGCUGCAAAGUGAUGAGGAAGAUCAGAACACAAGUGGACAGGGUGAAGCGGUCAGUCUGAAUGCGACUCUGGGCCUCAGCACCUCCUACGACCUGCAGGGAGAAAACCUGGAAGGAGGAGGAUACGGAGAGGAGGGAUAUGAAAUGACAGAGGGAGGGUUCUCCCAGGAAGAGGAGGGGUACAAAGCGGAGGAGUAUGGAGAAACGGAAGAAGGGAUGGAAUACACUACAGGACAGAACGCCGAAGCGUAUGAAGACGAAGUGCUAGACCUUCAGAUUGAUGAACCACUGGAUGAUGAAUUUCAAGUUGAUGAUUACUCCGGUGAUUACGCCGCAGAGCCACGGGAAGGGGAGGCUGACCAACAGGAGGUGCCAGAAGCAGAGGAGGAGGAGCCAGAAGAAGAAGUGGAGGAUCAAGAUGGCUCCCAGGUUACAGAGUCAGAGGAGUUGGAGCCGGAGGCUGAAGCUGAAGCUGAACAGGAGCAGGAGGCCGAUACAAAAGAAGAAUCGGACGAGGAUGAAGACGAGGAAGAGUCGGGCCGGCUGCGUUUUAAAACGGAGCGCAAAGACGUUACUGUGGUUCGACUCUCCGACGCUGCCAGUAAACGGAGAAACAUUCCCGAAACACUAGAACUGACUGAGGAGGCCAAAGCAGAUCUUCUGGAGUUUGAGGAGAAGGAGCGUCUGAGGAAGCAGGGACGCUACGGAGGGAGAGGAAGAGGGGGAGGCAGAGGAGGAGGAGGCAUGAUGGGAGGAAGAGGCAGAGGAGGAAGAGGAGGACUUCCUAUGUUUGGGAUGGGAGAUUUCCAUGGUGACGGAGGUGCUGGACGAGGGAGGAUACACGAACAGAGGCCUCCUCUGAUGCAAGUGAACUUGGGCAUGCAGCCCAGAAUGGCUCCUCCUCAGUCCCAUCAUCAUCAUCAUCAUCAUCAGUCUCGGCCUCCAGGCCCCCGUGGAGCUCCGGGUCUUUUCCCAAACCCAAUCAGCCCGCUUUCCCAGCAGCCCCUGCAGCUGCUGCUGCCUCAUCGCUCCCCGGGACCCCCGCACAGGCCGCAGCAGGACCUGCACCGGCCGCCAGCCCCCACACACGCUCACCCUCACACCAACCAGCAGCAACAACAGCAGCAGCCCAAAAACAUCCACAUCAACCCGCACUUCAGAGGCCCGUCCUCCUCGCCGGUGCAAGUUCCAUUGAUGCCUCCUGCUCAGAACCAGCCCAGGCCCAACAUCGGCCCUCAGAGAUUUCCUGCUCCUGUGGACUUCCAGCAGCAUCUCCAAGGCAAUUUUGUCCAGCCCCAGAGACCCCCUCCCCAGGAGCCGUGGAGAGGACCCCCACCCCCCCACCAGGAGAGAGAGCCUUUCUUUAACAACGAACCACGCUUCCCUGGCCAGCACAUCUUCGAUCUCCCAGGUCCGGCCCCCCUCAUGAACAAUAAUGUCCUUCCUCUUGCGGGUCAGGGCCCCAUGUCGUUUCCCCAACCAGGGGGUCCAGGAGGUGUGGGUGGGGCUCCGGGCCCUGGGCCGGGCUUUGGGCCCCUUGGCAUCGGCCAGGGUCAGGGGCCUCCAGGGCCCGGAGGAAUGUUCCAGAGGGAGCCGCCACGCCCCAACCUGCAGCAUGCCAGCCCUCCGGCGCCCCCCGGACCCCGUGGCUUCCUGGGUCACAGGCAGCCUUUCCCUCCCCAACAGCCAGGGCCCCCCUUCAGCCCCCAGCAUAUGCCGUUUGGGAUGCAGGUACGCCAGAGAGGUCUCAUGCAGCCUCACUCUCAGCCCCAGCACCACGAUUUGCCUUCCCAUCAUCCUUUACACCAGCAGCAGCACAGACAGGACGUCCAGUCGCACGGUCACCCACAGCCGCAGCCUCCACCGCCACAUAACCAACACCAACACCAGCAGCAUCAGCAGCACCACCAGCGCCAACCCGGAGAGCAGCAUCCCAUCAUGCACCUCUCCCACUCGCCUUUCCGCCAGCCCCUGCAGGGCGGCCCCAGGCAGAUGCAGCAGCGCAGCCAGAACGGCCAGCAGCGCAACAACCCGGGACGAAUGAGGAUGGCGUCUCCCUCUUCCCUGCAGCAGCUUCAGAGUCCCCAGCGCAACAGCAACCUCCGUGAACUGCCUAUCGCCCCCAGCAACAACACUGUCCGCCCCUCUGCGCCCGCCGGCCAGGCCAGGCUCGUAACCAGAGCAACCCAGGAAGUAAAACCCGGGCAAGGACUAGCAGCCGGAGCUGUAGGACGUGGGCGGGGGUGCAUUGCUAAAGCAGCACCAACGCCUUCGACACCUUCAGAGACUAAGAAAGAAAGCCCACCCACUCAGCCCAGCACACCUGCACAGGAUCCGGAUGAGGACGAGGAGACCCGUCAGUAUCGGCUGAAGAUCGAGGAGCAGAAGCGACUGAGGGAGGAGAUCCUGAAGAGGAAGGAGAUGCGUAGACAGAUGCAGGCGGGAGUUCGGAAGAAGGAGCUUCUGGAGCGAAUUGGGAGCCUGAAUCCAACUCAGUCAGCCCCAGCACAGCUGGUCUCUCAGCCCCAGCCUGCCCCUCAGCCCGCACAGCCGGUCCCCUCCUCUCUCGCCCCAAACGGAGCACCGCAGGCGCCCAGCCUUCCCCGCGGAAACGUUAAAACACGCCUGCAGAGCGCCAGCCUCGAGCCUCACGGCGUCCAGCCUGAGCCCAUCCCGCAGCUCCAGCAGCAGAGGAAACCUCCCACCAACCCUCAGAGACAGUUCCCAAACCCCACUGGAGACGUCCAGCCGCAGGCUGUCAGGCCCGGAGGGAAGAGGACCGUGAUGCAGCGGGCGAACAGCGUCGGGUCUCCGCAGAUUCCACAGAAAGUGAGAGUGGUCAAACGCCUGACUGGGGGAGAUUCUGUUCCGACCCCUGUAGCCCCUCCAGCACCCCUUCCACAUCAACACCAGCAGCAGCAGCCUCAGCAGCAGCAGCAGCAGCUGGGCCGACCCACCCCUCAGCAGAGGGUCAGCGCCGUGAGGAAGGUCACCGUGGCAACAGGAGGAGCACAGCAGCCACAGGAACCUGGAGGAGUGGCUGCAAACCAGACUAACCGGGUCGUCGUUCCGGGUCGCGGUCGAGGUCGUGGGGCUCAGGUGGGUCGAGGAGGCGGAGGACGGAUGAUGAUGCAGCAGAACAGGCCGAACCCCCGAGUGCCGGACCCUCAGCCCAGCACAGUGUCCAUCGAUGGCCUGUCCUCCACCACCACCGAGAAGCAGAUCAAAAACCUGCUGAACUCCAUCGGCCCCAUACAGAUGUUUAAGAUGCUGCCGGAGCAGAGGAAGGCGAUUGCCAAGUUUGUGAACCCCCAGCAUGCUCUGAGCUUUCAGCACAGCUUCCACAGGCACAUGAUAGAUCUGUCUCACAUUGACGUGACCAUUAUCGAGGGCUGAGGAACCUCCUCAAGAAAAACCCAGAAAGCAAAGAGACGGAAGGGCGUUGGUGAGCAGCCGGCUGCUGGAGGGAAGCCGGAGCUUUGCUGCAAAAUCCUCACAACACUCAAAACAAGCGUCGAGCAGUGGAGCCGAAACGGGAAAAGCCGAAAGAGAUCCGACCAGCCGGUUCUGUCGAGCCUGGGACGAGACUUUGAGCACCACAGACUCCUUCUGUUUUGUGAAUAGCAGUUAUGCAUUAUAGCAUUUAACCCCCUAAACUGAGUGAAAGACGAAAGUCCUCGUCUUUUUUUGAAGGGACGCAUCCUGACUUUGAUAAAGGAGUAAGUGAGACUAGAGAAAGGCGGACAGUUUUUUAAGUGAAUGACGCUCGAUAAUGGUUGCUCCCGUCCUGAGGUUGACAGCUGGUGAACAGCUCCUGGAGUCACGGGUUUGUAAUUAGACUGAAGCAUGCAGGGUGGUGCAGUUCUGCCACCAGCAGAGGGCAGUAUAGGAAUGUAAAUAAUACCCUCGAUGGAGAACAGUGGAGGUGACUAAAUCACCAUGAGCCAUGUGGGUUGAGUUUAGGAAGCACUGAGUGUAUUCAGGCCUUAUCAUGCAUGCUUUCUCUCCCUUUUCGCUGAGGUUCAUGUUCAGCAUCCUUUCGUCUGUCGGGUUGGAUCAAUAUUUGGAGCCAUUUGGCUCAUAUUUGUCAGUUUAAAACGUUUGAGGAAUCUUCUCACAGUGUUUUGAGCUUGGUUUCAGUUUUCUGCUUAGUUGAGAGGAACCUUGUCAGGUCGCUUCAACAGCGUAAUCCAACGUACGGUCAACUUUUAUAAAAACAGAUUUUAAUUUUGGACGCUCCAGUGGCGAAUAGCAUUUGUUUUAUGGUAAUCAUCAGGAUUUUGGGUCAGUUACUCAGACAGAGGUUGAGCCUAGUGCCUGGAACUAGGCUUUAAACCCAGUCUUGGUGUUGAGUUUGACUCUUCAGGUCCCCAUACUUCCUUAGUUGAUGCUUUUUCUGUUUAAUUUGAUCAUUAACGUUACAGAUUGGUUGAAAACCUGGCUUGAUUUGGCAUGUUUGCAGCCCACUGGGGGGCGCUAGUCUGCUUAAUAUGUGAUUUGUUCAGUUCUGGACUGUGAUGUGAACUUGUUUGUCGGAAAAGCACCUACAGCCUAUGAAAUGUGUGGUCUUGAACAGUGGUCAGGCUUCAGACGCUUCAUUUUUUUGUUCUCUGUUAGACUUUUUGUUUUAAAGCUGCUCUGUAUGUUGAUACAUUAAUACAUUUUACAUCUCUGUGUUGGGUCGUCCACCAGUUUUCGCCUCUGUAGCGCUACGGAUUCAAUAAGUAUUCAAUACUUUUAUGGAUUGGGCCACAGCUGGGAGGAAGGGAGGAGGAAGCCUCUGGAAAAGCUUGGAAAUAACAGCGAAGGUGAUUCAUUUUUGGUUCCCGUCUGCUGCCGAUUUGCACCGUUUUGGUGAAAAUUUAAGACGAAUGAGCUUUUCAGUGAGGUCAGUCCCAAGGAUGAUCAGUCCUGGCACCUAUUUUGCUGUGAUUUGUGUCCAAAAGGGCCGCUUUGAUCCUAAAUGCAUUCGUUAUUCCUCUUUUCCCCCCGUUCAGCGCUCGCUCUCUCUCUCACGCCUCCCCAAGUUCCAUUACGGGUAUGAAUCCACACCUCAUCUCGCUUCAAUCCUCUGCAUGUCCGCUUCUUCAUUUACUCUCCAAACGACCACCACCGUCUCUCUGUCUGCUGUCCUUCACAUUCCUGCACACUGUGCGUUUCCUCUUCGUCCAAACGUAGCUGAAGAGCUGGGAGCAACUAUUAUCAGCGAUCAUGAUCAUGUAUAUAUAGUUCAGCCCAUCGUUAUUUUAUUUUCUCCUUUCCCGAACGUUCAGUGGAACCAGAGUUUCAGAAAUUGCUACUCCCACAGCAGAUGUACUUCUUUUCUUUUUUUGUUUUGUUUUUUAUUAUUAUUUUAUUACUGUUGGGGUUUAUUUUGUACAAAAAAAAAAACACAUCCGACUGUUUUACACGUUGUUGACGAAGGGCAGCCGGCUCUCUGCGGCUAGCCCGUCGCCUGAAGACGUUUUAAAGAUUGAAAAAUAAAAGAUGGUCAUGUGUAUACCAUGUAAGAACGGGAUACAUGAAGCCAGUCUAACUUUUCCUGGAACGUUACUCGUCUCGUUUGUUGUGUUUGUGUGGAAAGGUGCCUUUUUUUAGUGUUUACUCCGUUCAGAGCCUCUUCCAGACUGUUUUUUCUGAAAUGUGAAAAAGCUAAAUUUUGCUUUUGAACGGCUUUUCAGAUUUCAGGAUAUUUCUUAGUAAUUAACGGGUUUAAGUCUAAACCAAUGCCAGUCGGCUGAACUGAAGUUUACAGAUAAAAAGUAGACAUUUUGACUCAAGUUUAGGUUUUAGGAUUUUGUACUGAGAUACUCAGAGAUUCAGCUGGUAAUCUAUAGAUAAAAAUAUAGACUUAAUAUUUAAUGUCUUGUCCACAGGUGUUCCGUAGUUUCUAACACAAUGUUGGUAAGAUGGCAGAUUAGUAUUUAGUAUUUUAUGUAUUGCAUGCCUGACUAUCUUUGUACUGUUUUUUAUUAUUUUUUAAGACUUUUUUACUUUGGGUUUA